CAGAAGAGAAUCCAAGGAUUUGCAAUGACGCAAUAUGCUAACUUUUCCCAGAGUGUGGUCUUACUUGUCACUCGCAUUGUACACAUCUGGUGCCUGAUUUCUGUGGUAUGUCUAUGGAGGCAGCCAACCAAAUCCUGGAGACCCUGAUCCGCACCAAGAACCAUAACAAGACCGCCUCUGUGAGUUCCGGUCUUAGUGGCCGCACCCUGCGGCCCAGCAGCACACCCCAGGGCCCUCAGGACAGUGCGGCUAUGGCCUACCCGCAGAAGCCUAUCGAGAGCCCAUACGGAGCACCUCAGCGGCAGCCUUCCGCUGAGGCUGUGAGCGCAGCGACCAACUCGUACAUGCCUCCUCAGUCCCCGACAGCCGCUGCAAGGCAGCAGAUGCCCCCGAGAACGUCGUCGAGUGCGGCUGUGGCUGCUGCUACUGUCGCGACGGGAAUGCCCUCUCCCCAGCAAAUGCCAGGUUCGUUCACGUCUUCAGUUCUUGAACAUUGCUUAGAUACUGACUCGAAAUGUACAGUGGAGCAGAGUCGCCCGAUGCAGCCGCAGCUGCCUACAUAUGACCCCAAGGCGUACGAGCCGUACGCCAAUGCCCCGCAAGGCAUGCCGCCUCAAGCGAUGCAGCAUGCAGCUCCUGCCGCGUAUGGCAUGCCUGCACAGCAGCCGGCUAUGCAGAUGGUUUCACAGCAGCCUCCUGAGGCUCCUCAGCAGCCCAAGGUCCGGAUUGGAUUGGACCACUUCAAUUUCCUGGCGGUCCUGGGUAAGGGUAACUUCGGAAAGGUCAUGCUGGCAGAGACGAAGAGCACCAAGAGGCUGUACGCCAUCAAGGUGUUGAAGAAGGAGUUCAUCAUCGAGAAUGACGAAGUGGAAAGCACGAAGUCCGAGAAGCGAGUCUUUAUGAUCGCGAACAAGGAGCGUCACCCCUUCUUGCUGAACCUGCACGCCUGUUUCCAGACGGAGACUCGUGUUUACUUCGUCAUGGAAUACAUUAGCGGUGGUGAUCUGAUGUUGCACAUCCAGCGUGGCCAGUUUGGUCUCAAGCGAGCACAGUAAGUUGUACACGGGCACAGUGGUCGGAAGUGAAAGUUGCUGAUUAUUCUAGGUUCUACGCUGCGGAGGUCCUGCUGGCACUCAAGUAUUUCCACGAGAACGGUGUCAUUUACCGUGAUUUGAAGCUCGAUAAUAUCAUGUUGACCCUGGACGGUCACAUCAAGGUUGCUGAUUACGGUCUUUGCAAGGAGAACAUGUGGUAUGGUGCGACCACGAGCACGUUCUGUGGUACUCCGGAAUUUAUGGCGCCCGAGGUGA